AUGGACGGUGAACCCAUCCUUCCCGCGUACGACCGCAGCUGGCUGACAACCAGCCUCCAAAAAGCCCGCCAAGCGCUCGAACAUCGUCAGCAAGAAUGCCAUACCCACAAGAAGAGUGUCGACCGCGAACAGCACGACAUACUCUCCUUCCAACACACCCCCACCACCCCUAUCCGCACCACCAUAUCCCACCUCGAACCCCUCACCACCCACUGCAACGCCCGAAGCGCCAGACUAGAGCGCUACGGCUGGCACGGCCACGACAUCGACCUGGCCUCGACUACAGCUGCAAACGCUACCGAGACCUGCGGCAUGGAGACAGCGGCUUGGUACAUCAAGCGCACGCUCGCCAAGACAGCCCGGGACCUGUGGGAUUGCGAGGAGAAUAUCGCCGCCGAGGAAGAUGAUUUGAGCGACGUUCUUGCGAACCUGCUUGAGGUCCAGGGAGAGCUUGUUGCUAAUGAGCAGAGUCGGCGGUUGGUUUUGCGGAAUUUUCAUGUUGGCCAGAUGGAGAAAUUGCUGGUUCCGGUCGCUGGCCGCAAGGGGAGAGUUGAUACGGGGUUUCUUGAGCGGGUACAGGCGUUGAAUGAUGUAUCGGUUGAUUGCCGGGUGUAUGUGGGAGAUCAUGAACGAUCUGUACAUGAGUUUAUGCUGUUUGUCAGUGAGUUGGGGAUAGCGGUGGCGAGGCAGAGCAUGAUUACUGAAUACUUCGAAGAGUCGUAG